AUGUAUCAUGAUAUAGGAGAUUUGCAUUUACUACUUUUAUCUGAUCUUCGUUUUUUGUCUUUGCACAUAAGCAAUAUUAAGAUUUUAAAGGAAUACUGAUUAAAUAUUUAUGCUAAGUCCACUAAACAGGGUAUUUUUAAAAAUAUUUUUAUCUAAUAUUUACAAUUUGGAACUUAAAAAAGACACAAAUAAAUUAUGAUUCAGCCACUUUCAAUACAAUAUGCCACAGAAAGCAUUUACUCAAGGAUAUCACUUACUUUUUGUAUAUCAUAGAUGACAACUAAGUUGGGACUAAGUCAAAUCAAUCUUAUGAGUAUUUGUGUCUUCCUAAUUAUUUAGUAAAUAUUAACUGGAGUUGCAUGAAUGCAUUAAUUUGACAUAAUGCAUCGAGAUUUAAAACCUGAAUAUAUCAUGUUUAAAGAAGCCAAUCAAAUAGCAGGAUUAUGAAUUGUAAACAUUAAAAAGGAAGUUUACUUAUAAAAACUAUACCCAACAUCAAGCAACUUAUGAAAUAGAGGAUGAGUAAAAAAUUUAAUGA